AUGACAUCUGCUAUUUGGAGAGAUGACUAUCACCUUAGACGACGUCGCGACUCUCCUUCACAUCUCACCAUAUGUUGUCUCAUUCAAACUAACCAGUUUGAGUGUCCGGCUAGAACGUAUUUGUUGCAUUUAGUUGGCUGCACUAUUUUCGCUGAUAAAACACAUACCCGUGUUGAGGCGAAAUACAUUACUCUUUUUAUUGAUUUACAUCGUUGUCGAGACUACUCGUGGGCUUCCGCGACAUUGGUUUUCCUUUAUGACAACCUGGGAGAUGGAGUUGUCCAUGACACUCGACAUGUGGGAGGUUACAUGACCCUACUACAGUGUUGGAUUUACGAGCACUUCCCUAGGAUUUGUAAGCGGGGUGAUAGAGGAGCGGUUCCUGCGCAUCUUCCAAGAGCAUGUAGGUGGACUGCAAAACAUGUUGUUGAAGGUGGAUUGAUGGCAUAUCGUCGGAGACUUGAUGCGUUGUUGCUCGAGGAUGUAGUGUUUACACCAUAUGAUGAUGAUCAAGCUAAUCAUCCGUUUGUAUCGAUUUCGAUAUUUUCUGGAUAUCUUCGAUGUGGUGGAGUCUCAAUCCCAUAUUUUCCAGAGCGAUGCCUUCAACAGUUUGGUCGUAUUCAGUGCAUUCCGCGUGACGUUCCUCCAAUGCCGCACAAUAUAGAUUGGGUCUGA